CUUCAAUUAGUAUUCGUGCAUUUACAUUUACAGCAUCCUCACUCUGUUCACCCAAUAGUGUGUUAUUUUGAAUCCUUAAUGCGACAUUUUGUUCAUUACCAAAAUUCAUUCGUAAUUAGCAUUCAUACCCACCAUCGACAAGAAAUGAGCUGGUAAACCAAUUUUCAGGAAAUGCCUUUAAGGGACCAUAACUUUUACAAUGUCACGUACACCACUUUUCGUGGUACACCAUGGAUAGGGUUUGAACUUGAUAAAUUAGACUCGUAUGCGAAGGAACUCUCUCUUUUUUUUCGUUACGGUAGUACUCGACAAAAUGCUUUAACUCGAAAUGAAGCAACAUCACUUUUUACAAUUGAUUCUGUUGAAUUCUUAAAGCUCGGAGCACCUCGUGGAUUUAAGAAUAUUCUUAAGUUGCGAAUCGUCUACUCACCGUCAACGGGAUCCUAUAACAAUAAAGACAUAAAAAAAUAUGGCCAACUGUUCUUGAUACAGUUUCCUGAAACGGCAGCCGCACAAAGAAGGGAUUCUACUCAUUCCCAAAAUGAAAUUGAUUCCUCACAAUUCACUUCGUUUUCGUUAAUUCUUUGCAGAAUAAGUCCAAUCGUUUGGGGACCAACGAAACUCUAUUUGGAGCAACGUUUUGAUACCUUUUUUGAGAACUGUCAGUUCCAACAGUCAAGCCUGAUUAAAGUCUUGGAACAUUGGCAACGAAAUGUCACCCCAAUCGAGCUCUCCGUGCCCUUAGAGUUCCAGUGGUUUUUUCAAAAUCCCAAUUUAUCUAGUUGUGUUAUAGGCAUUCCAGCAGUUCAUGUACAACAAUGGUUGAAACUUUGUAGGAAGAAGAAGCUCUCAUUCUAUGAAACUGUACGAGAGUAUUUACGAAAUGGAAUGGCUAUUUCACUGGAUCAUCCUGCUGUCCAACUAUCAAAAAUCGUCGUCGACACAGUUAUUAUUUCACGUACUGGGAAGCUCAAAUUCUUCACAAAAUGCGGAGACGGCGUACCCACUAUCCUCCAGCUAUUACUCGACGAUGAAACACUGCAAUUUCCCUCAAAGGAGAAAUAACGAUAAAUGCAAAUCCCCCUUAUGAAUUUGCCCACCCGUCAAUAAUAACAAAAAAUCUAAUACGCAUUAGUAACACUCUCUAGGAGGUUUAUGUAAAUGUGGAAUAAGAAACAUCAUUGUCAUGAAAUCUCGUUCUAUGUUGUAGAACACAAAACUAUGGAAUAUAUAUUCAAAAAACUAAACAAAAGACAAACGCAGUAUUAUAUAUUCAAACACAGUGACCUGGUUAAGCGAGCUCAGUUGCGUUUGUUCUUUUUCUUGCUGGUCACAACCUUGAAGGCAGAAUUCCAUUCGGAAGCUUGUUGUUGCUUUGGCUUGCUUUUCACAACCUGGCUCCAACUGUUAGCAGAGGACUCCUGUAACUUAGAAUCCGUAGGAGGUUUUCCGUUCAAGUCAGCAAUACGACGAGUAGUGAACUCGACGGCAAAGCGACGACCAUCCAUUGUGGUACUAUUCGCAUAAAUAGAAUCCGAGAUAAUCUCAGACGUCUCCUGAUUAUUCUCAGCAGGAAAGGAUAAUAGCAUUUGCAAGAACUCAUUAAUUUUAACACCAUUGUUUAAGCCCUUCAAUGCGUUUUUGCACCAAACAAUAAACUCAACUGAAUGACCAGAAGAGGUCGCUAGUUGAGCAAGCUUGGGAGGCAGCACAGAUGCCAUGGCAGAGGGCACAACAUUAGAGGGUUUAACGCUUCCAGAAACAACUGAAGCCGUGGAAGGAGCAGGGCUGUUGUUAACAAGUUUGCCGCCUGGCCCAACAACAGUCCAGCUGUCAUCAGGGCUGCCUUCAGCAACGGCAGUGGAAGCAGAAUUAGUCGCAACAGUUGCCGGUUUAGGGACAGGGACGGACGAAGUCACAGGCUUAGAAGCCAUUUUGGCCCAAGCAUUAGGAACUGAGUGGUUGUUGGUGGCCACAUUGGUUGCCGUCGUCUUGGGAUGUGCUUCUUUUUGGAGAACCGUAACAUUCUUCUUGACAGGACUUGUUUUCACUGCAGGAGGCUUCUUUGCACCCGUACCAUUCACCGAACCCCAAACGGAAGCCGCAGGUAAGGUGGGAGUGCGAGCGGCGGCAACGGCAGAAGCCAAGGCAGCAGCUUGAUUCUGCUUCUUCAUUUCAGCAUCCUCCUGUUCCAUCUUCUGGAUUUCUUCAGAGAGAGAAAUAGGAGGCUCAGCGACCUUAGCCCAGGGUGAUCCUAAACGGCUUUGAGCAGGCUUCGCGGGUUCCGCUUUCGGACUUGAGGAUGCAAGAGCAUUGCUUAUAUUCUUAUCCAAAGAUGGAACAGGCUUGGCACGCAGGGGCUUCCAGGGGGUAGUACGAGCGAGUGAGGGAGAAUUCGUCUUAGAUGUAGGCUUUUCUUGGGGUUGUGCAUUGGUCACCAACUUAGUAGCAGGCUUUUCCUUUGCCUGAAUGUUGUUGACGAAUUGCUUGACCGGAGAAGCGGCAGUGACAUUCUGCGACUUGAUAGCAACAUCAGCAAGCUUUUCAGCAAGAUUCUCAACAGUGGUAGCGGUUUCCUUCUGAUUGCCGCUUUUUGCGUUCUCCGUUUUCGGUACAACCUCCUCCUUGUCGGCGGACGUGGAGAAGGGAGCAGAGGCAUCCGAAGACUGUUUUGCUUGUACAGGCUCGGUUGCAGAAGACAAGUGCUCUUCUUCGACCAUCUUAACAUUUGCAGGAUGGGAGGGUUCGACCCCAACAGCAUGCUUUGAAACUGAUGCAUAGGAAGGUGCGGCUGCGGCUGCAAUCGAGGUACCUGUCUCGGGUACGGGCACACUCGCUUGAGCUGCCACCUUUGGAGGUGCAUUCAAUUUGAAUGAGGAUGCAGGCAAGUCCGUGCCCUCAGCAUUCCAUCCAGUGGACUGUGGUUGUACCGGUGGUAAUGGAACCAGGAAGGGCUCAAACUGAUUGUUCACUUGCCGAAUAAACAAAGCCAUGGAGUAAAACUCCUCCUCUUCUACACGUUUUAUGGGAAGAUUCAAAGGAAAGUACCCUGCUCGAUACCACUGGUGCAUAUCAAUACCCGUGAACGGACCUUGAAUGUUGUUCUGCGGAUCCUUAUACAGCCAGCGCAAAAGAGCCGGAGGGAUGAGUGAUGGCAAAGGCUGCGUGAAGCCAGGGAAAAAAUAGCCCGGUCCAUUGUCAAGCUCUUGACGAACUUGAGGAGACAUAAUUGAGGUAUCCUCG